AGUGUGUGUAAGCCGGCCGGUCGCGCCGGCUCCUUUUCUGUCUUUGCUCUUCGCUGCACCUUCGUUCCCCGAAAAAUCGUAAACUUCGCUGCACGUUCAUUCACGCUGCACGCCGCUGAUCGAUCGUUUCGUGUGUGUCGAGCAAAUUGCAAUCGUGAAACCCGGCGAUUUGCCGUUCAUCUGUCACGAGAGGCGAAUAUCAUGGUGGUCCCGUCGAGGAGGGACAGUCUUCGCCUACGUCCCUUUCACGUUGCGUCUUGAAUUUCGCAGCCAAUUUCGUGACUUGAAAUUUUAUUAGACGAAGAGAGAACGAGAGAAAGAGAGAGAGAGAGAGAGAGAGAGAUUUUAUACACAGUGAACUUUGCGUCGAUGGACCGCGGAGUGUUGCAUUUUUGAUGAAGAAAUCUUGAGGAACGUCUGUUUCGAAGGCACGAAGAGAAGGAGAGAAAGUUGAGUGAAAUUUUGCCGAGUUUUCGUUGUCGUUGCUUCGUUCGAUGGAGACGACAAUUUUUUAAAAGUUAUCAAGUUUUCAAUUAAUGAGAGAAUUGAGUGGAAAUCAAUUAACAACAGAUUUGGGAUGUUUGAGAUGAUGUGACAAUUUUUAUUUUUUUUACGGGACACUUUGUGUUCUCUUACGAGUCUGUGGUAGCGAGGACAAACUUUACAAGGAACUCGAGAAGUAAUUCUUUUUUUUUUUUUCGACUUGAAAGUUCGUCGAAAUUUUAUUAAUUAAGUACGCUCGUGCUACAAGAAAAUACAUUAAAGAUAUAUAAUACGACACAUAUACGGAAAAUACGAUGGAAUAAUAUAAGAUACUGUAAUCAAAGUGAAACAUCAAUUUGAUAUUACAACAAUUUCGCGAAGAAACAUUUAUUUCGAAAGGAAUUCGCUGGAUUCGAAGGAGCGAGAAGCUGAGGCUAAGUGGAAAACGUUCACAAGAUUUAAAUAGACGGUGCGCGACGAGUAAGUCUUGACGAAGUUCGAAGUGAAACGCAAUUGUGAUUUUUGCAAAUUUCUGAACCUGAAUUUCGCCGGUUGUACAAUCUAAAUCGCGAAUAAAGAGCAAAAGAAUGGAUUUUCUGAACAGUGCGAGAGUUAUUUAUUACGAAUUGAAUAUCUGCCGAUUUUCUGAUUAAUUUCGAGAUAUCCAUCGAUUCCACUCGAGAACGAAUUAUUAUUGGCGUCGCGAAGAAUCAACAGGCUCGUAUUUUGUUUUCUUUUUUUCAUUAUUAUAAAAAAAGACUUGAAAGAUAUUUCAUGAACGAGCGGCUACGUUUGUUUUGAAAAUGUGAGGACAAUGAUGCUGGACGAAACUGGCUGGAAAGUGUACGAAGAAUCCUCAUCGAAAUACAACCAGAUUCCCGCCAUUUGAUUCUCAUUCGGCUUGAGCAUGAUUAUGACGCAUACGGAAGAGGUAUCGACGACUUUCGAGUCGAAAACGCCGACGGAACAAAUGAAUGGCCAUUCGAGGACGAGCACCGAGAGUCGAGAGGCGGAAGAACAGGGUAGCAGCACGACCUCGCCCUCGGAGGGCAGGCACGCCGACGAGACGUCCGGCUCGUCCGUCCUUGAGAUGGGCAGCACGGAUUCGGCGGGCAGCGCCCACAGCGGCGGCCCUUCCUGCGGCCUGGUCAGCUCACUUUUCCCGAGCAGCUGUCGUGGCCGGGCCGAGGCAUUCGCCAGACGUCUUCACCGACGACUAACCUCUCUCGGCGGCGAAGAGAAUUCCAAGCAGAACGAGGACUCGUCGUUGCCGAAAGAAACAUCCUGGUUACGUUCCACCACGGCAGCGAAAGCAAUGAUGAACAACACGUCGAACAAUCACGUCCUCCAACAUCAACCGCGUCACAAUCCCGACACAGACUUGUGCUACGACUUCGAUCUCGAGUACGAGGACGGCCUUAGCUCGCCGGCGGAAGAAGCAACGGCCGCUGAGGUGGCGGAUUUAGUCGUCAACUCCGAGGUACUCAAGUCGAAUCAUCGCGAGGUUCGUCACAGUUCGCCAAACGGUUCGAAGGCCAUGCUCUCCAGUAUAGAUUCCGAGUCUGGAUACGUUUACGCGUCCCCUCUGUUGGGCACGUCUCCAGACAGCGAUUCGUCCGACAUAUUUUUCGACCCGGAGUCGUCCGACGUAGAGAAACCGAAGAACGAGGUGUUUUUCGACCCGGUGACCACGUCGGACAGCGAGGUGACCACGUCGAAUCUCUCCAACGGUUGCGACACGAUGAAAGCCAAGAGCAACACGUUGUACCGUAGAAGGACGCCGGAGAUCAGCGUCGAACAUUCCGAGGACACGUCCGAGUCGAGCGCAUCGUUCAGAAGGAACAACUUUUGCGACAAGGGCCCGAGGAAGGACGAUUUGGUAUGCAGUUCGGAGGACUCGCAGGAGACGACCACGUCGCCUAGUCACGAGUCACUUUGGAGCACGUUCGACGAGAGCACCAUGUCCCUGCAGGACGAAAGUCCCUCCAACGUGAAUCCCAACCUGACGAUUCAGAACCGGCUGUCUAAAUCGCAUUCCGACUCCGAGAUACCCGUCCACGGGCCGAAGAUAACGAUCACGUGCGACCCGAGCGACGAAAGAACAGGCAUCGACGACGUUGACUUCGUGAACGGUCGUCUGUCGGAGAACGAAGACGAGCUGGAGGACAUCAGGAACGCGAGGAACCUCGUGAAGGAAGACUCGCCGGAUUCUUCGGACAACACGUUCGAGGAGGACCUGCCGUACGACGAGGAGAAACCCAAGGAUAUACUGGAGCAGACGAAUAUUCUGAAAACGGAGGAGAACGCUGGCAACGAUACCGACGACCACUCGACGUACAGUAGCAUGAUCAGCAUCCCCGGUGCCCUGACACUGGAGUGUCCUACGGGCGAGCGAGUGGUAGAGGUGACGAUGAAGAACGAGAUAGAACUGCAGAUCGAGAAUGGAACGGUAAUAAACAGCAGCGACGAGGACAAGAUGUGUCUACUGUUGAAGAAGCUCGCCACGAGUCCGACGGUGAAGGACGACCCGCAUCUGCCGCAGAAGCCGCAGGACGACAGCAUCGAGGAGGAGGAGGAGGAGGAGGAGGAGGAGGAGGAGGAAAGACCUCAGAAGAUCAGACGAUGCUCCUCGUUGAAAACCGGCAAAACGCCGCCAGGUACACCCGGAAGGAAGAAGAUCGUACGAUUCGCGGAUGUUCUAGGCCUAGAUCUCGCCGAUGUGCGAACGUUCUUGGACGAGAUCCCGAAGAUCCCCAACUCAGCCUACAGCGAUCUGAUCUACGACGACAUAUUCCAGAAGGACACCAGCCCUGUGAGCACCUCGCCGAACACCACUCAAUGGGGGGCCCGGUACAUGGAUAACCGACGUGGAUCGGGCUUCCCUCUACCCUCCCGCAAGAUAGACAGAACUCUGGUGCCUCUGUUCGAACAGCCUGGCGGUCAGCCUAACUUCCUGGACCUUGUCCGCGAGCGUCGAGUGUGCUUGGAGAACGUGCUCGUCCAGGACCCGCUCACGCUCUGCAUUCACGGCACGGUCCGCGUGAUCAACCUGGACUUCCACAAGUCGGUGCACAUCAGAUACACGUUGAACUCGUGGCGGAACUUCAGCGACCUGCAGGCCAUCUACGUGCCGAAUUCGUGCGACGGUUUCAGCGACAAAUUCUCGUUCGUGCUCUACUGUCACACGCUUCCCGUCGGCCAGAGGCUGGAGUUCGCCGUACGGUUUCAGUGCAAGGGCGAACAGUACUGGGACAACAACGCCGGGGCCAAUUACUGCUUCCAGUGUUUGCCAGCCUCGUCCACCGUCGGCUACAUACCGAUCACGGCCCAAGAGAACCAGCAACACGAGUGGUCGCCUGUGUUCUACUGAUGGACACCACGGUUCGAGCACUGGAUACCCGGGACAAAGAUACGGCGAUGCUUCGCGCAGACAAGGUGUCUAAAGUGGAUCCGAAUAAUGGCUAACAAGCGACAGAUAGAUAGAUAGAUAGAGAAAGAGAGAGAGAGAGAGAGAGAGAGAGCCUACGGUUGUAUAAACGUUCCUAGAGUAUAUAUGCCGUGCUGUACAUAACUGUCCUAUUCUCGAGUGGCUCGAAGGAACGAGAGGAGAGAGAGAGAGGCAGAUCGAGGAGCAGGGAUCGCACCGGCGUCAAUUAUUCUUUCCUGCCGUUUUCCGGACAGCCUUUCAGUGGACUGGAGAAACUCGACGCACCUGUUAGACUGAUAUUUUUUACACGUUCGUUGUUCCUUGUUUGCGAGCGAGAAAUACGUAUUCGGGAUUGACGCGACGUCGCUUCUUCGAACGAGCCGGGACUGUGGGGUCGACAAAGAUGUCAUUAAAUACGCAUAGCUCUUCGAAGAUGGGAAAAGGAGGUGAUUUGGAAGAACGGAGCCUGGGUGCUUUGGAAGCCGAGAAAGAUACUUGAAAGGCGACGGAUCGGUGAUGGACUGUUCGCGAGAGCAAUGGAGGAUUAUUUUUCACGUUCCUAGAAAGUACCUAAUUUUUGCAGAGUUUGCACGAUAAUCGAGCCUAAUGUGAAUCUGAGGAAACUCUCAAACUGAUUACAA